UGUAACUCUAAGCGGCUCAUUGACGCUGUAGAGGGAAAAUGUGCGUUAGCGUGUGGACUGAGGGAAGCCCCUAGUUAGCCAAGAGUGGAAACAUGGAUGAUGAGGAGGUCGCCGAGAGCUGGGAAGAGGCUGCCGACAGUGGGGAAAUGGAAAGAAGACUAGAGGAAAAGCUUCGAAUCAGUCACAAAGAAAGACUUUCAAGUGGCAGUUCGAGCCGUUCUCCGAUGAGAACAGCCAUCGUCAUCCAGGAUGACUCCCUCCCCGCAGCACCCCCACCUCAGAUUCGUAUUUUAAAGCGACCCUCCAGUAAUGGAUCUUUAGGAUCAUCUGUGACGCAGACUCGACCCUCCCCACAAGUCAAAUCCUUAGCUCAGCGAGAGGCAGAAUAUGCAGAGGCCAGGAAGAGAAUCCUUGGCAGUGCUACUCCUGAUGACACGCCACAGGAGAGACCCAAUUCAGACCGAUCCCCACGUGGAAGCAGCCAUACACUUUCAGAGGAAAACCGUUCAGGAAACCACGUGGUUCGACAGCCAGCUGGUCCAGAUGGUACACAAGGCUUUCACCACCAGCGCAGAUAGGAAUAGCAGCCUUUCCUGGGAGAAAAGGAGAGGCUACAGUGGGUCUCCCAGAAUACUGUUGAAAUUCAAAUUUUUUUAAAUCAAUAUUUAGGAUGUGGGAUGGUUUUUAAGUAAGUACGAAACCCUCUCGAAUCCAGCACGGCAUGUGUGGAAUGUAACCGGGGAAAGAAACACGAUCCAGAGGAGCGAAUGGGGAACGUUCCCCGCUUUUACACUGUGAUGAGGACCUCGCUUCCGGACACUGCUCACUGUGAUGUCCAGCCCCCACCCGCCAAAAUCAAAACGAAAAUAGAGAGAAAUGAAACAAACUGCAGAACUAUUGUCCCUUCCUCGUGUCAGCCAGCCUGUCAAGUCAAGUCCUCUGAAGAAACAUUUGAAACGGAAGAAAACAAGCGCUGGAUGUGCUAGAACCUUUAAAAGGAUGUUUUGAGGCACCAGCUUCCUUCAGCAAUAAUUCUAGAAAUAUCACUAAUUAUCCAGACCUCCCUUCCACACUCUUCUCUCAAGCUUUUGUAUUGCUAGUGUUUGUCUUUUAUUUUAAUUUUGGUUAUUACCGGCAGGGUCUGCUUAUUGCCAUAUGUUUUUAAAUGGGUAAGAUACAGUUAGGGUAUGUUGUGGAAACUCAAACUGACUUUAAGUUCUUUAUUGUUUACGGUUAUCUUUCUCUCUCUUCUCUUUUUUUUUUUUUUUAUGUUGUUUUACUCAUGGGUCUUCCUCUGACUGUCCUGAUUUCUACAUAAAGUAAGAAUAAGAAAAGAACUAGUAGAGUAUUAAAUGAGUGCAGAAAAUCACAUUUUUAAACCGCUUCUAUGCCUUUCAUAUGAUUCAAAAAGGUUGUCAUUUUUAGAGCUCUGCGUUGAAAGUGAAAUCGAGUGGAAAGAUGACUUGUGUUAAUAUUCCUUGUGCUGGAAAGAAGAAAGGGGGGUGGGGGGAGAAAUCAUUUCGCUAGCUCCUCUCACCCCACUUUCUCAUCAAAUCUGCUGUUGGCCAUUUAUCUUUUCUUUCUCUCGUAUUUUUUUAUUUUUUUUUAACGCAUGUAGGAACUCAGGUUGUUGUGAGGAAAUAAGAGCGGAUGAAUGAAGUUGUGUAUCAGUGGAUAGGUUUCUAACUGAAUUAUGGUGCAAUGUUUAGCUUACAUGAAGUAUGGCUUCAAGAUCAUUUGAGAAACACCUCCAUGACUGGAUUACAGAAUAUCCUAUAAGAGAUUAUUUAACAUUUAUUAAAACCUAAGAGAAAAGUGUGUCACACCGCACUUAACAACGCAACUUUAAUAUAGUGUUAAGUUGACCUAGUUGCUUAGGCUCUCGCAAUACAGUGUCUACAUGAAGAGCCAUACUACCUUUCUUGACUUUCUUGACCUUUCUCUCCCCGUUUUUUUUUUUUUUUUUUGCUUUUUUUUAAUUUUCUUCCUAAACCUUACUCUCUUGUGCUAUCCAUGAGUGAUACCUCUGCCUCAUGCAGUUUAUAGAAAUACCCUUUAAUCUGACAUGUCAUUGUUCACCCAUUGUGCUGUAACCAAUCAGACCAGACGGGUUUGUCACAGUCUGCCUGAGAACACGGAAAUCUGUCUGUAAAUACUUUUCAAAAUGCCCAUUUAAUAAAGACUUUUUAAAUAA